AUGCAGGCGGUGAGGAAAGCGGCGAGGGUGGUAGAGGCGAGGGGCGAGGGAGAGGAGGGCGACAACUGUAUAAACCAGAUGGCGGAGGCACCAGCACACCGAGGCGUGAACUAUUUGGCGAAGGGGACGCGUCAGGAGGUCGGGGGCGAGAUCGGCGAGGAGGCGGCGGGCGAAGGGGCAACCGAAAGGAUCAAAAGGGAUGACCCCGACUAUCAGCGCGGUCCAGCAGCUAUGCCCACGCCGACCAUCCUCGCCAAGAAGGAGCCGUCUGCUGGUGGCUCCGGGGAGCCCGGCGCUGGCCCAUCGCCUUCUGCCUCGCCGCUGCACUCGUCGGCCAUGGCCCCACCAGGAGAGGCGGGACUGCGACACGCUUCGGGCAAGGCCACGGAGCCGAUGUCGGCCUCGGGCAAGCUCAUCAACGAGUACCUGGGCUUUUCGUAUGACAGCGCCUUCAAGGUGGGCCUCCACUAUCAAAGCGACUUUGCUGUGGUCGGCGUGUUGGGCAAGCAGGGCGUGGGCAAAUCCACUAUCAUGUCCGACCUGUGCGGCUUGUUCUCGCGGGAGAUGUGCGUGAGCCCUGAUCGGGUCAUCGUCCUCGACACUCAGCCCGUGCUGAGUCCCUCGAUACUCUUUCAAAUGCUGGACGGCGACUAUCCGCUACCGGCGGACGUCUCCUCCCACGAAAACCUGCAGGAGCUGCAGUCCCUCCAACUGGCGGUCCUCCUCUUCUCCAUCUGCCACGUCGUCGUCGUUGCGCACGACUGGGCGGCGGACGUAGAUCUGUGGAAGUUCGUUCGCUCCGUCGAGAUGCUCAAAUAUCGGAUACCCGACGUCGCUGCACACAUGGCCACCCUGCCUGACGACCACACCGAGCAAAACGAGUACUAUCCGGACAUCGUGUUCGUGUUCAACAAGCAGCCGGACGAAAGCUUCGCGGAGCCGUCGCUGUCUUCCCUGCGCCAAUCCCUGCAACGCUUUUUUGCCCACUCGAAGUGCAAAUGCAAGAGCACGAGCACCACCACCACGACGACGACGACAGGCAGCGGCGAAGCCGAGGAAGGCCCUGCGUUCUUCCUUUUGCCCGUAAAUGAGGACUUGACCGACGCCUCGGUGCAGCACAUCCACAGCGAGAGCUACGAGGUUGCUUUGGAGCGCUUCCGCUCUCACGUCCUCAGCAUGCCCAAGCGCAGCUUCUCUCGUCCUCUGACCGAGCGCGAAUGGUUGAAGAACACCGGACGGAUAUGGGAGCUCAUCAAGAAAUCGCCCUUCCUCUCCGACUACAGCCGCACUCUCAACAAAAUGGGCCUCUAUCAGAAGACGUGA